AUGACGAUCACUGAAAUUGCAGAAAAAAGCAUUAACGACGAGGAGAUUGUAGAUGCAAUGUCGUGCCUGCAGGACGAAUCGUGGAACGCUUCAUCGUCAAACAGUCUGUUUCCGUUCAGACAUGAGCUCUCACUUAUUGGAUCCAUCAUGAUGCGAGGAACCCGCAUAGUUAUUCCAAAAGCGUUAAGACAGGCGAUUCUAACGUUGGCACACGAAGGUCAUCCGGGAGAGUCAGCGAUGAAGCGACGAUUAAGGUCCAAGGUAUGGUGGCCGCAAAUAGAUCGAGACGCGGAGAAAUUCGUCAAAUCAUGCAGAGAUUGUAUAAUGGUAUCGCAAGCAUUAAACCCCACUGCUAUGAAACGAACCACAUUUCCAGAAGGACCGUGGAUUUUUGUGGCUACAGACCUUUUGGGACCGUUACCUAACAACGAGCACAUCCUAGUUUUUAUCGACUACUAUUCAAGAUACAUGGAAUAUAAAUUUCUAAAAUCGAUCUCGUCAACGUCAUUGAUCAGUACCAUGAAAGAAAUUUUCACCAGAUUAGGCUACCCUAAAAAGCUGAAAACUGACAACGGAAGACAAUAUGUGAGUGCAGAAUUUAAGGAAUAUUGUAAGCAAUGCGGAAUCGAGCAAGUAACAUCGCCACCUUAUUGGCCUCAAGCCAAUGGGGAAGUUGAGAAUAUGAAUCGAUCGUUAGUAAAAAGGCUAAAAAUUGCAUACACCAACAAGACAAAUUUCAAGGAAGAAAUACAAUCAUUUGUUAUGAUGUAUAAUGUGACUCCCCAUGGAACCACAGGGUCUGCACCAACGGAAUUAAUGUUCAAUCGCGUAAUAAGGGACAAGAUUCCGGGGGUGCAGGAUUUAAUGGGAGAAUACAGCGACUCAGUAGAAAGAGACCGUGAUUUAGUAAACAAACAGAAAGGCAAAGAAUAUGCCGACAAGAGGAGAGGAGCCAAAGAAAUUAAUGUUGAAGUGGGAGACAAGGUUUUUCUUAAAAACGUAAUCUUUCCCCACAAGCUUACACCAAAUUUUGACACCACCGAAUACGUCGUAAAAGGAAGAGAGGGAGACAUUAUAAGAAUAACAGGCGGGGGAAAAACUUUAACAAGGAAUGUGAGCCAUGUGAAAAAGAUUCCACAAACACAACCUCCAGCUGAGACCGAAGAUCACUCUCCACCCUCCCGAAGCACAGGUGACGUUCUGCAGCCUUUUAAUUUCAGGACAUUGGAUGAAUCAAAACAGAUGGAAUCGACGUCUGAGACGACAUCGGCACCCGGAGAAGGAUUGAAGCUGAAGCUCAUCAAUAAGGGAGGGAUGUGGGAGUCUGUACCUCCGGUGAUCUCUGAGAGCGAGAGAGCGACCCAUUAUGACUCUCAAUAA